AUGAAGUAUUACGUAGAAUUUACCCAACAAAUUUAUGAUCCUGAAGAUCCAAGAACAUUUAAGUCUGUUUGUAUUAAAUGUCACACCACUCGCCCACUAAUGAACUUAUCAACUCGAACAUGUUGCUAAAUUUAGUUUUUGUUCAUUUGUCCGUCAAUACGUUUGCUUUGUCUUCUUGUAUUUGUUUUUAAUUGUUAUGUUUGCUUUAAUUUUAAAAUAAUUAGAUAUACCAUAAGUUGUUCUUUUUUGGAACACCGUUAUUGCAGAACUAUCUCUGUGUGGAAAUUCCAGUCAUUUGUAACCAUUCUAGUACUCAUUAUAGAUGUAUUGCAAUGGCAAACUUGUAAAAUAAAAAAUAAAAAUAAUUGUCUGGUUUUAGAGUGAGUGAACAGGGUGUUAGCCACAGAAAAAACUUCAUGGCAGUUGUCCACACUCAGGAGACAUUUUGUGACUCUGCAUGGUUGUGUUUUUUAAUUAUUUGCUGUAGCUACCUGUAACACUCUGGGGCAGUGGUGAUAACUUUACCCAUAUAUUGCAUCAUUAGUUUAUUGGCACAGCCCAAAAUAAUGUUUCAUGACAUGCAAUUUCUUGCGCUGUCACUUGAUCUUCGAGGAAACAUUCUCAGUGAGAUUGUUUUGGCAAGAUCAAAACAAAAAAUGUUUAAUACCAUGAAAACCCUUACAAAUUGACAUAAUAUUUAAUGGGUCUACCAUUAUGUCAAAACUCAAUCUCAUUCCCAGAGUCAAAUUGUGACAGUUGUCAAAUAAAUUUGACCAGUCAUAUUAAUAGGAGAUUUUUUUGUAUGUUACGUAACACGCGCUCAAAACUAAUGGCGUAAUGCGUAUAAUAUAUACCACUUGAGGUUAUGACUAAAUUCAAAAUUUUUAUUUUUCGAUACGUUUCUCAAUCGGCAAACAAACUUAAAAAGUAUGUUUAGGGUUUUACAGUAUCUGUAAAAUAAUGCUAAAAUGAAAAAAUUUUAGAUGAUACGCCAAAGAGAAAAUGAUGUCUGAAGUUCAGUAAGUUUUCAGUGCAAAUACGUGACAUUGAAAAAAAUUGCCUCUUAAACAAUUUGGCCUGUGGUUGACCGGCCGUUAUUUUGAGCUGUGGUUCGAAACGAACUACAGGAAGUUGAGUCCUGCAGGGCAGGUGUAUCUCUAUACCAGAAUUAAAAUAAUAUUGGCAUUAAGUUACUAUUAUAACAUGUAUAUAAACUCAAAACACUAAAGUCUUGUCUUAUAACAUCAUGAUUGUGUUUCUUUAGAUAUGCACCACCAUGUGUGAAAAUUCGUGAAAUUAUUGCGAGUGGAAUGCUUGGUGAAAUUGUCACAAUAAAUCACAACGAGAAUGUUUUAUACUGGCAUUUUGCUCACAGUUUUGUUCGAGGUAACUGGCGUAAUACAGAGAGCAGCACAUUCUCUUUGAUGGCAAAAUGUUGUCAUGACAUAGAUCUUAUCAUGUACUGGAUGGGUGACCACAAGUGUACAAGAGUCCAGUCAUUUGGAAAUGUCUAUCAUUUUAAAGAGUCCCAGAAACCAGAAGGUGCUGCAUCAAGAUGCCUGGAAUGCCCAGUUGAGAAAGAUUGUCCAUAUUCUGUACAGAAGAUAUAUUUACAAGGUUUUAAUAAUGCUCCAAUGUGGCCAAUGUCAGCAGUUUGUGACAUAGAGGACCAUCCUGCAGGCUAUGCUGUUGCUCUCAAGGAAGCUUUGGAAACAGGUAAAUAUACAGUAGAUUAAAUAAUAACGGCUUAUUGACCUCGUUUGUUCGGUCUGUACUGUGAAAUAUCAGACCGAGGUUUUUACAGUUUUAGUAUGGACCGAGCGACGAAGGAGCGAGGUUCUUCCAAAAUACAGAGGUCUGAUAUUUCACAGUACAGACUGAACAAGCGAGGUCAAUAAUCGGUUUAUUAUAUGGCUGAACUGAGUCUGUGAGCAUAUGCUUUUCGCGCGAAUUAAGUCGGCUAUUGUGAGUUUCACUGGGUAACAAUAUACAGUAGGCAUGCAUGCUCAAUCAAAAACAAUUUGGUUGCUAUCUGUAAAGCACAAUUGGAAAUUUAAAAAGAAAAAGAAAAUUCUGUUUGCAAAGCUUUAAGCAAAAAUUUCCCGCCAGAUAAACGACAUCCGGGACACCGGGACAGAUACGGAAAUACGGACCACGGUACGGAUAUGGGGUUUUACGGACCGCUUGUCAACCAAUCAGAAUAGAGAAUUUUGAAAAGCCAUGUAAUAAUAUACUUUACCGUAAUGGAACUAAAUGAAUGUCAACUUUAAAUCCCCUGUCAGGCAGGGAUGAGAGUUGGCAGUCAUGAAUUGUUACAGGGGACAUUUCGGGCUCUAGAUUAACAAAAUAAAGGUUUGAUUUAAGGUGGAGUAAUACGGGCAACAAAAUUAUUGCAACUUGUAACAAAAUCUGAUUUCUACGCAUGUUAAUUGAAAAUGUUUACACAUAAAUUACAAAUCGCGAGGGCAACAUGUGUCGACAUUUCUGCUUAACAUGCGUUGAAAUCAGAUUUUGUUCCAAGUUUCAGCAAUUUUGUUGCUCGUAUUUCUUCAGCUUUAGUGUUCCAUGAUAUAUUGUUAAGAGCGUGAAGAACAGCUAACCAGCGUCAUGUGACUGCCAACUCCCAUGCACUUUCAUUCUCGUUUGAUCCAGGAUACACUUCGUUUGACCGACGUCUGCAAGAAACUUUAUCUGUGUUUGUUAUUGGUUGUUAAGAAACGUUAUUCCUAAUCAACCAAUCACAAAGCCUGCUCGAAUGCGUGUAAUUCUACCAAUGUUAAAUAGACAUGGUCUAUAUAUGAAGUGUUGUGAACUUCAGUUUGUAGUCUCAAUCGAGCUGUGAGUUUGAAAAAUGAACAUAAAAGUAAGUAAGUAAGUAAGUGGGGAUGCAAUCACUGCACCUGAAAAUAUAAGGAGAAUUUCGACAUUUUGAACGAAGGCCCUUUGUCUGGAGUUACCGUGUAGCGGGGAUCAGGAAAAUUACAUGAGCUUUUAUACUACGAAUAUAAAAGCGACCACGUGACAAAAAUAAACCAAUCAUUUGGAUUUAGUCAAAACAAAAAAUGUGCAUUACAGAACAUAUUAAUACAAGCCCUCUCUUAUUCCAAAGGUCGUAGGUUCGAAUCCCACCGUGGCCAGGCAUAUUUGUCAAGCCUGUCCGGUGUGGAUAUACACUCAGAGUAACAUCAAACAAGCAUAUUAAUACAAAUAUACCGAAAACUACAGCAAAUACAACAAAAUGUAUGAAACAAGUACGGAAUAAGGUACUGUCAAUGCCUGCUUUUGACAGGCAAAGACAGACAGAGUAAAACAUAGGAAAAAGUUCAUUAAUGCCAUAUAGGGGUGGACAGUGCCAGUUUGGAAAUGAGAUGCAUUUCGUGUCUUUUGCGGCUAUCGUUGCUUCCAGAUCCAGAAAUGGGACAGAGGGCUCGACUUUCCAUAUUUGGAAACUGUGAUUGCCAGUAUUAAACGAUUGCCGCAAAAGCAACGAUAGCCGCAAAAGACAUGAAAUGCGCUCCAUUUCCAAACUUUGCAUUGUUUACCCCUAUGGCAUCAAUGAACAUUUUCCUACAGUAUGUUUAACUCUAUCUGUCCUUGCCUGUCUGUAGUUUUCUGUACAUUUGCAUUAAUAUAUUCUAUUUUGUAAUUUACAUAUUUUUUUUUAUGCUUUGUUUUGACUAAAUCCAUCUGAUUGGUUUAUUUUUGUUACGUGAUCGCUUUUAUAUUCUUAGUAUGAAAGCUCAUGGAAUUUUCCCGCCCCCGCUGUAUAUAGUAACUCCAGACGAAGGGUCUUCGCUCGAAACGUCGAAAUUCUCCUUAUAUUUUUCAGGUAGUUGCAUCCCUACCAACGAAAGCUUGUUUAUAUUAUUGGUACCUACACUGGCACAGACAGUUCAGGUGAGUAGGUGGGGCAAAUCAUCCUUACUUUCAGCUGAGAAUUAAGCUGAAUUAUGAAAGACACAGCUCAACUUGAUCCAGUUGAAAGCUUUAUUAGUUUGUCUUUAAGGCAUCUCUGGCAGCCACCUUAUGACUCAUGUCUGAUCACGCAACACAGCUGUGCUGGAAAGGUCGAUUUGGAGAAGAAAACCGGAGUACCCGAAGGUUCUGUAGCGCAUGGCUUUUGCUAGAGCGUUGUCCACAGCGAUAAUCGAACCCACCGACGAUUGCGCAAUCGGAAGACCAGUUUUACUAAAAAAAAAUUGUCAACCUCCCGUGCACAGUAAUAUGUAACUAUGAUAUAUCAAAAUAUACUUUAUACACUUUGUUACCUACAGGUCCAUAUGGUCGUUGUGUGUAUUCGUGUGAUAAUGACGUAUGUGACCAUCAAAUGGUAAACAUGGAGUUUGACAGUGGUGCUACGGCUGUAAUGACCAUGAAUGCUUUCACCAGUGAUAUGAGACGUGAGACUAGAGUGUGUGGUACCCAUGGUGAACUACGUUGGGAUGGAAGCUCACACCGAGCUAUUAAAGUCUACUCGUUUGCUACAGAAGAAAGGAAAGAAAUAUUUCCAGAUCAGAUUGUACCUAAAUGUCGUAUUCGUACCAGAGGUCAUGGUGGUGCUGAUUUCUUUCUUAUGAACGCAGUCACUAAAGCAAUAGCUCAUCAUGAUCCUUCACUACUCUCGUCGAAUGUAUUACAGUCGCUUACAUCUCAUAAAGUUGUUUUUGCUGCUGAAAAAUCAAGACUGGAGAAAACAAUUGAGACCACAUAAGAUUGGGAAGAGCAUUAGAAGUGUUAAUUAAGAGGUUUAAUUUGGGUGGCAAACAUUAGGAUUAGAAGGAAAAAAUGUUUUCCUAAAGUCUAUGAAAGUUACAUUGUACAAAAGCUGAAUAUCGUUAUCCACUGGACAGUGGUCCCUACAAAAAUCCAUCAACUAUCUAUAAAUUACCCUAAAUUUCGAGGAAUGUAAGACAUUUUUAUUAUACAUUGUAAACUGAACUGUAUGCAGGGGCGUAAAUCGACAGUUUUGUCGGGCAAAACUCAGUACUUCGUCGGGCGAAAAACAAACAGGUGUUUUGAAGAUAAUUUAAAAUUUUGGGAAUUUAAAUUUAACGUAAAAAAUAGGACAUUACGAAGCUGGUAGCAAUAUAAAAGUUAACAAAUUGAAGUACUGGCAUUUGCCCUCUCAUUACGUGGGCCCAGUGCACAAAUCAAGCACGUGCUUCUCUCUGUUAUCUGCUUAAUCUGCGUAAAUAUAUAUAUCAACUGGCGAUCGACCAUUUUUAUUGUAUCUGCGAAGCAGAUAUAUUGCUAUCGCAAACGUGACCG